AUGGAAAAUCACAUGCCGAAGUCUGAAGUAAUCGCCAAAGAAGAAGAACACUCAUCUCCCUUACAACCACAACUUCCAGUAGAAUAUUCAAGUGGAAGUGCUGUGUACUGCGAUACGCUGGAUUUGCAGUACCAUGAGUUUUUCAUGCAACAAAGUUUUUACGAUCAAGUUCCAUUGUUGAUGACCGACACUUUGUGUCCUGAUCCUUUAUAUGCUUCAUUAGACAUUGAACAAAGUUCAAGUUUAUCUCAAGAAAAUGGGAAUGGAUUCUGGGAUGAACUUGGUUUCUUAUUCGAGCCACGCAAAUGCGACAAGCCAGUGGACGAGAAUCAUGAUAUGAAUGGUGAAGAACAAAUGAUGAAGAAAGAGAUUGUUUCUGGUGAUAAUAGGGAAGAACAAUGCAAAACUAGGGCAAAGUAUUUGUCUAGGAAAGUAAUCUCACAAUAUUUCUACUUUCCUAUAACUCAAGCAGCCAAAGAGCUUAACGUUGGGUUAACUUUGUUGAAGAAGAGGUGCAGGGAGCUCGGAAUCCGGCGGUGGCCGCACCGCAAACUUAAGAGCCUCCUAUCUCUUAUCAACAACAUUCAGGAGUUGCAGGAGGGGGAGGGGGAUGAGGAGGAAGGAGAAGGGAAAGUGAGGGAAGCGGUGGAGGUAUUGGAAAGGGAGAGGAAGAUGCUGGAAGAGAUGCCGGACAUGAAUAUGGGAUAUGAUACAAAGAGACUCAGGCAAGCCUCUUUCAAGGCUAAUUACAAGAAGAGAAGGCUUGUGUCAUCGGCAGUGGCUGUGACGGCUGCUCAGUCGCAAUGUUCUGCCGGUGGAGGUGGUGGCCGUGCCAUUGAUUUGGAUUUUUUUACAAGGGUUCUCUAUCACAGGGGUUUGUCGGACUCUUGUUCAUCGUCCAUCACCAUUAACAAAAUGUAG